GUUAAUAAAUUGUUGUCUGAUAGGUCAUAACAGUCACAAUCACUUAAAGUGUGCCUGUUUAGUUCAGUACCGGUGCUGUGUACAAAUAAUUUUAAAUCCCACAAAACAAGGUACGUGUACAUUCAAUAAGAAAUUCAUCGAAGACGAAUAAAACAAACACACAUAUACACCUUGCUGUGCGCUUUGGUAGGGUUUUUGUUUCGGGUUAUGGUCAUUUCUUAUAAAUUAUUUAUCAGUUGAGUUUGUAGUUCGGUGUUGUUUGGAAACAACUGUGUGCAAGAUUAUAAACAUGAAUUCAAUUACGAUAAUUGUAUUUACCUUAUUUGUAUGUGCAACUGUGGCACAGGAGUACACGAAGAAAUACGAUAAUGUAAACAUUGAAACAAUUUUAUCCAAUGACAGAGUCAUAACGAAUUAUAUCAAUUGCUUGUUGGGUAAAGGAGCUUGCACGAAAGAAGGACGUGAACUGAAGAAGCUUCUACCUGAUGCCAUACAAACAGAUUGCUCCAAAUGUACUCCAGAUCAAAAAAGAAAUUCACGCAAAGUGAUCACAUUUAUUCGAAGCCGACGGCCACAGGAUUGGGCAAAACUCACAGCAAAAUAUGAUCCAGAAGGAUUAUUCAACAAAAGAUCAUCCUUCAUAUAAA